AUGGCUGAGCAAGGCGCCGCAGAUCCUGUUAACAACAACAAUAAUAAUAAACCCGAAGCCUCAGAGGGGACGAUUAUUAAGGUCACAGUGAAAACACCUAAGGACAAGGAAGAGAUCGCCAUCGCAGAGGACGCCUCUGUCACUCAGUUUAAAGAGGAGAUCUCAAAGCGAUUCAAAGCCAAACAGGACCAGCUGGUUUUGAUUUUUGCAGGGAAGAUCUUGAAGGACGGCGAUAGUCUGAGCCAGCAUGGCAUCAAAGAUGGCCUGACAGUACACCUCGUCAUUAAAACGGCACACAAGACAGCAGAUGGCGGUAGCACCUCAGCCUCUAGUUCAGCCUCCACUCAGGUAGGUAGCAGCUCCACCUCUAGUCCAACCGCCAACCCUGCCUCCACAGCAGGCCCCACCGGGUCAGGUCCUGCACCUACACAGACGCCUAAUAUAAUGAGUGGCUUUGGCGACCUGGCCGGUCUAUCUGGUCUGGGUAUGGGCUCGGCUAAUUUCAUGGAGCUGCAGCAGCAGAUGCAGAGGCAGCUCAUGUCCAACCCAGAGAUGCUCUCUCAGAUCAUGGAGAACCCGUUGGUACAGAACAUGAUGUCCAACCCCGACCUGAUGAGGCAGAUGAUCAUGGCCAACCCACAGAUGCAGCAGCUGAUGGAGCGCAACCCUGAGAUAUCCCAUAUGCUUAAUAAUCCUGAACUCAUGCGACAGACCAUGGAGCUUGCCAGAAACCCAGCCAUGAUGCAAGAAAUGAUGCGAAACCAGGACCGCGCAUUGAGCAACCUGGAGAGCAUUCCAGGAGGUUACAAUGCAUUGAGGAGGAUGUACACAGACAUCCAGGAGCCCAUGUUCAGCGCAGCAAGAGAGCAGUUUGGAAACAACCCGUUCUCAGCUCUCGGUGGAUCCUCUGAGUCUGGCGCUCAACCGUCGCGGACAGAGAACCGAGAGCCCCUACCUAAUCCAUGGGGGCCCCCAAAUUCUUCAAACCCAUCUGAGAGCGGAGGGGGGACCACAGGAAGCACCAGUACUUCGGGGACCACCAACCCGAGUGUGUCCAACCCUCUCGGCAUCAAUCCUGGGAGCCUUGGAAAUGGCAUGUUCAACAGUCCAGGAAUGCAAAGUCUACUUCAACAGAUCUCGGAAAACCCUCAGCUGAUGCAGAAUAUGCUAUCUGCCCCGUACAUGCGCAGCAUGAUGCAGUCACUGGCUCAAAACCCAGAGUUAGCCUCACAGGUAAUGAUGAAUAAUCCAUUGUUUGCUGGAAACCCACAGCUGCAGGAACAGUUUAGAGCUCAGCUUCCCGUUUUUCUGCAGCAGAUGCAGAACCCUGAAGCCCUUUCAGUUAUGACCAAUCCCCGGGCCAUGCAAGCUCUAAUGCAGAUCCAGCAGGGCCUUCAGACGCUGCAGACAGAAGCCCCAGGCCUUAUGCCCAGUUUGAUGACAGGUGGAAUUCCAGGAGUGCCCACAGCAGGCGCUGUUCCCGCAGAGAACCCUGCCUCUCCCCCCAGCAGUGCUGCAACAAACCCUGCUCAGCAGCAGCUGAUGCAACAGAUGCUCCAGAUGUUUGCUGGAGGAGGUGGAGGAGGAAGCGCAACGACCCAAACCCCAGAGGUGCGGUUCCAGACCCAGCUCGACCAGCUGAACGCCAUGGGCUUCAUCAACCGUGAGGCAAACCUGCAGGCCCUCAUUGCUACUGGAGGAGACAUCAAUGCCGCUAUCGAGAGACUGCUGGGUUCACAGCCCUCGUAAACAUACAGUACCAUAAUGACAUGCAGACAUCCUCACAAACACACGAAUAACACGUAACACACCCAAAAUCCAGAGAGAACCAACAGAAAUGUAUGUGUAUUGUCCCAAAUGUUGCAGGAGAAAUUUGGGCAAGAACUGAAAGACCCUCAUUCUUCAUCUGUUCUAAGAUCAUUCCCUCCCCCCACCCCCUUCGCUUUUCAUGUUCAGCAACAUUCAACCAGCUUCACCCGAAAAGUUCUGCUGUAGGGGUCGGACUGAACCACUCUGUCCUCAGAGGGUGUACUGAUGUGAAGGUGAAAGGGACUCCCGACCAUUUGUUUUUUCUUUUCUUUCAUUUAUUUUUUCCUUCACAACAAUCUAAAGUAGCACUCUGUAGGCAAACAUUUACAUUAAACAGAUGCAACACGUGCGACAUGACAGGCGGUUGGCUUUGUGUCGUUCCUAAGAGGCAGGUUGGUAUAGUCUUCUGGUCUAUAGGCCGUAAUCCUGAAAGUCAUCAGGCUUUCAGACUUCCUGGCCUCCUUCCCUCCAUCUUCUCAACAAUCUCCACACACAGCUGGUUUUGCCCAACCGCUUUCACUAUUUAUUGCAAGCGCCUUCCACAUUUUCAUCCUCAAAAACUUUUAAUUUGUCUCUCCGGAUCAAAGUGCCCAGAUGUAAUCGCAGUGUCUUUUAAAAAUUGCACCCAGCUCCCUGAGUCCGCCAUUGCUUGUCCCGUUGUCCCGCUCCAACCAGUGAGCUCAUUCUUGGGAAAUACCAGCUUCAUUCAGUUGGGAAAUGAGACUUUCUCCAUCUCCGAUUAAACUCUCAUUCCAAACUGGAACCCUAUUUUUUUUUCACAUCAGCAUCCCUGAAGCACAGGCUGCUGUCAAACCAUCCUUUUUAUUUGGAUUAAAAUUUGAUUAAUCCUUCUGUUAUCUCAUUCUGUUUGAGAUGCAGUUAGUACCUAGAUAUGAUCUUGAUUUAUUUCACAUAAAUUACAUGUGGAAAUCACCUGAGUCAAAAUAUGACAUAAUGGAAAGGCUUUAAGAUAACUGUUCAUAUGGUGGAACCGUUCUUUGCUCCAAUCAAAAAAAAUCUAGGUUGUUAUUAUUUUUAUUACUACAUUUUUUUUUUUUUUCCUUUUUGAAAUUCUCAGCAUUUGUAGUUGUGGUGAACUUGGCAACUGCUUCAAUAGCUUUGCUUUGUCUGUUGACCUCAGCUGAAUUAAAAUAAAGAAAUCCAUCUCCCAGUUGAUAAUGUUGGAACUAACUUUUAACAGUACUGUACUAAAAAAAAGUAAUAAAUCAUGGUCAAAAACCGUUAGCCCCUGUGUCAUUUUGAUUACAGAGUGGUGAUGGCCUACAGGUUUAAAGGUUCUGCAAUGUUGUUUGUGAAAUAAAAGAUUAUAUUUGCCUUGUA